UCUCUUGCUUCAAGUCGCGAGAACCAUCAAGAACUUGAAACGUUGUUUGCAGUAAAAAGAAACCAAAAUUACCUUAACUUGGAAGCUUCAACUGUGAUUCUUAUAUGUUAAAGCUUCGAACUUUCUCAUAAAGUUUAAAUCUUUAAAGGUUUUUUUUGUUAAUGUUAUGAUUACAUGCUUAAUUUUGUGUUUUGUUUUGAUAUUUUUUUGCGGGUUCUUAGCCUGCAUUAUAAAUAUGGAAUGUAGGGCAAUUAGCAGUUGAUUUGUUAGUAUCAUUAACAAGAGCGGGAAGAAUUGGGUAUUUGGAUGAUCCUUAUAUUUUGUCUUGUGUUGGUAAUGAUGCUGAUGGUCCCACUCCUUGCGGCGAGCUUGCUUUUCCUCUUGAAGCUUAUGAUACGAGGAAUAAUGGGGUGGCGCUUGUGCAACAACGAUCUCCUGUUGUUAAGGGGGGUUAUUGGUGAAUUUGCUAAGAAGAACCUUGGUGAUUUUGCUCUUGCUACUGGAAUGAAGCAUGUAGUGGUGCUUUCUAGCUUAGAGUUUAUGAGAUUGCAAAAGAUUGAUGCAUCAAGUGGCUUGCAGAUAUAUGACGUAUCUUGCACCAAUACUGAUGGAACAGAUGAUUCUUGGGAAUGGCUUGGGUGGAAAAAAUGGCUGGAAUAUAAUCCUGCUCAGAGGACUAGGAUUUGCACUUUAGCUGAAGGAAAUUCCAUGUAGGAAGAUAACCUACCAUUUGAAGAUGAAGCAGAAGACGAGGAUCAAGUUUGCCUUUUGAUGCCCUUAUUUCUUGUUUCAAGGUAGUAAUAACUUUCAAGAAGCAUUAUGAACAUGUCUCUAUGUGCCAACGCCCUUCCCACACACUCUGUGGCAUGCUCUAACUACAAAGUUUUGAGUACUUUCUGCUUUGAGUAAUAUUCAAGUUCUUAACUACAAUGUUCAAUAUACAUGGGUCAAAAAAUAAAUUUGACUUGUAAAAGCUUUUGGGUUCCUGAACCAGGCAUAAGGCAUAAAAGAUAAAUGCUUACUGUGUCACUGCUCUGAAGGGGACAACACACCUGAAGCUUUUAGUUUGGCCAAGGCGACAGGCUAACUUUUGGGGCUAAGUCCUGAAAAUCCCCAAGGGGAAGUUGGUAAAUGGCCCAUCCCAUUUUCUUGGAGGACUUUUUGUGGACCACCCCCAGAUUUGUCAGUGUUUCAGGCUUGAGAUUAACCAUGCAACAUGAAGUGACAUCUUCAAUGAUCCAGCUCUGGGUUUUAGGAAAUCUUAGUUUGUUUUAGUUCUGUUGUGUAAAGUCCGUGAAAAUCUGGUUAAUAUGUUCCAAAAGAGGGAUAGAUAAAAAAACUCUUAACAGGAAAAAUGGAGGGAAAUAUAGAGCGGGGGGGGUUGGAGUACUUUGAACUCUACAUUCUUCCCUUGUGUGCAAAUGUCAACUUCGUUAAAAAAGGGUGGAAUAUCUUAGGGAUUUCGUUCAUGUAGGUUCUUAUUCAGAUGAAAAUUUCGGAUAUCAAAAUUCAUUUGUUUCAAAGCAAAGUUUUGAUAAUUUUAACCAAUGAUCGGUCCGAUAUUUGAUUAA